AGUCAACCGGGCGUGUUGGCAAAAACACAGGCUUCACUACGGACAGGAACACCCCAGGGUCGAUUCUUUCCUGCACCCCACGCCUAACAGCAACACACCAUCAGGCAUCCCCUAAACGACCAAACUCACACAAACACCCAGAGGCUGCCAGGCGGGCAGGGACACACAUGCCCACCGGCACGCAGAGGUGCCUUGGCCAAGAUCGAGGGUCUCGCCCUUCUUAGGCCCCACCCUGCCUGGGCGGGGCUUACUGCCAAGCAAGGCUUAUAAAAGGAACUCAGGUCCUCCCGCGAACGCUCCUUCUCAGCCAGUCUCCCUGGCCGCCUCUGCUCUGUCCCAGAGAGUGCAAGAGUCUCUUACAGAGCAGCCCUUAGCCGACAGCUCGCCUUGAACCUGGCACUGCAGAGCACAAGUCAGUCCAUCAGCUACGUGGGACUUUGUGGUGUACCAGCCACCAGGUGUCAAGCCCGCAUCGCCACCAACCAACAUGGUGGGAGCACGGCCCCGCAGCCCACAAGACUAUCUGCUGCAAGAAGAACCCCAGCCGGCCAAGCGCCACUGUGUCCGUGGGCCGGACUGCCCGAGGUGGCUGGCAGAGCCAGACCUGGAAGCAGGUAACUCGACAACCGGGAAGGAGGUCACCUCCGUGGUGCUGGUGCCAGCUGGCUUCGCCUUGAAACUCCACCUGGAAGACAUGGACCUGCUGCUGGAGCCCGACCCAACCUCAGUCAAGCAAUUGUCGCUCCCUGGACACACCAUCAUCCUGAUCCCAGAGGGCCUGCAGGUACUCGAUGAGCCUGCACAGCCUGCAGUUGUGCCCCGAAGCCCGCAGGAGGCGCCUCUCCUGGAUGUGUCCCAGGAACACCAAGUCGUCCUGCAGGAGGAAUUUCUCAGUGCAUCUGGAUCACACAUGCAAGGCUGGGGAAACGCCUCUCAUCCACCUGAGGAUCCGAAAGAAGACUUCAGGAUGCCGUGGACGCAUGCUCCUGCCGACAUGGACACGGGGCCCCUGGGCCCCUACUCGCAGAUGUACAGCCCCUUGUUUGAGAGCCAAGAGCCUUGGCCCUGGGAUCCAUCCGAAAAUCCCGCUGCGGACAGAUAUGCUCCCUGGUCCAUCUGGAGCCUCAAAGACAGCACUCUGUGGCCUCUGCCCAGCUCCCCACUGCAGACUCUCCCUCCAUCUCCUCCAUCUCCUCCCACAAGUCUGCGAGCCCAGGACCCUGAGAGUCAUCACAAGCCUCCACGCUCUCCCUGCAAGGCCCGGAAGCGCCUCUUCGAGGAAACAAAGGACCCUUUCCCCGACAUACAGCACCUUGGACACUUACUUCCCUGAACGCCUUAGGGGACUCAUUUCCAGUGUGCCUCGAGACACCCAGGAGCCGAUCGUUGGGACCGUGGGCACACAAGCACUUUCUCGGCGACACACUGUGGAUGGGAGAAGACAGUCUUCAAGAUUUUCGGGACACUAGAUCAAGCCCCUAAAGCUGAAAAGCAGCCUUCGAGAACCAGAAGACCAAUUCUCCAAUUCAGGCCUUCAUCUCCAAACCUUCCACAGCGCCCUCCUCGCCUGGCUCACUGCCUCCCUGCAAGAACAAGGUCAGUGUCUGCACCCUGGUUCUCCCAAUCCAAGACAGCCCUGGGUUUCCUUCCUAUGCUGCCAGGGUCCUUGCCAUGUUCCCCUCACUGGAUGAAGACUUGACCUUGCCUUGGCCCUGCUGGACACACACUUCUAGCUGCACUGCAGGGAACAGACACACAGCCCAAUGACAGAAGAUGCUUCCUAGCCCUGAGAGUAGGACUCUUCUUGGCUUCUUCUCAGCCAUGCCUCAACCUGCUGCUAUAGUCUAUCUCUUCCUGACAACCAGGCCUGCACGGAGAAACCCUGUCUCAGAAAACGCAUCAACAAACAAACAAACAAACGAACACCAAAGACAGCGCCUGAAGAAAGCACCUUAGAACACGCUUGGGGACGUAGGCCAUUGCUUCCCAGCCCUUGGCAAGUACAACCUACCAGAAUUCUGCCAAGUCCACCUUGCUCUCCAACAAAGAAAUCUCUUUACAUGUCUUGUUUUCCAAAUAUUCUUUUGCAAAGCAAUGUUUGUAAUCCCAACAUUACUUACUAAUUAAAUAA